AUGAGGUUCCAGCUUUUCAUAUAUUUUUAUUUCACCAUUGUUGUGAUUGCAGGAACUAACACAAUACAACAGUUCAGCGAUGCGGGCGAUAGGUUAAUCACAUCAUUGAGAAAUCUGGACAACAAUGGAACAUACGAAACAUUGACAGCAGAGAAGGUGCCUAUUAUCGAGGGACAAAUUCAAAACAUUAGUGCAAAAUAUGAGCAGCAUACUUUUAUUUUGAAGGGCUUAGAAGCGGUGCUAAAUUAUAAAGUGAAAAGUUUGGAUAAUAAUGAGAGAGAGUCGCUCGAAAUAGAAUAUGAAAAGGUGGAAAAGGCACUAGAUGCGGCUUUGAAUGUUUCACCAUUUGAAUAUAUCAAAAAGUUUAAAGAAGUCUCCAGGGGCAAGGUAGUUAAUGCUUUAGAAAACCUCAGUAGAGAACAGAAUCGAAUUACUAUAAAUGGUGGUAGAGAAGACGAAAAAGAAAAAGAAGCGAGGGAAAAAAAGAAACGACUAGACAGAAUAAAGAGAAUCCUAACUGUAAGUCUGUUAGAAUUGGGUCUAGCUCAAGGAGUGGCCGAUUUAUGUGCAGUAGCACCUUUUGCGUGUCUUCUUGGGGUGACAGUUGGAAGCAUCGGUUUCAUAUUUUGGUUGGCACUAAUAUAUAAUGCUAUUCAAUAA